GUUGUUGCCGGUUUUUCAUUAGCCUCUCUCUCGGCGAAUAGAAUUUUGGUUUGAAAUGUUUUUAGUUUUGUUAAAAGACGCGUUGUGACAAAAACGAAAUAAGUUCGCUUCGUUCUAAAAUAAGAAGACAGUCGGACGACAAAACGCCCAAAGCGAUAGCUGCAUUUAAAUGGCCACCCGAACACCCCAGCCACAAUCACAAAAUGAAAUGGUUGAAAUUCGUUUAGACUCACCCCGUACACCGGACCCAAGUCAAGUGCCCCAAUUCAAUGCGGCUGGAGUUCAAACAGAGGAAAAUAAUGGCAAACCCUAUUUGAGGUUUUAUUCUGUCGGGCCCAAAACCAAGAAUAUUAUUUGCCCAUUGUGCAAGGAAAAAUCGGAUGCAGUGGAUUUGAGUUCUUCGAGUCUUUUUGAUAGUCUAAAUUGUCUGUUGUCCUGCCUGUCGUGCUGUUUCCCCAUCUUCACUCUCUCGUGUCUGUACACUAUGUGCUGCCAGGAUAUUGUUACGGAUCAUCGAAAAUGCUGCACCAAAUGUGGUGGCCACUUGGGUUACUAUGCCCGGCCCCAGUAGAGUAGACGUCUCCUUUAUUGCCGGUGGUGGCGAUUUUGAAUAAAUUAUUAUCGAAAUUUGUUUACAAUUUUUUCUCAUUAAUAAAGAAUUUGUUAUUUUGAAAUUAAAAAAAAAAUAUUAAUUGGAUUUUUUUGUUUGUUGUAGUGGAAUUGUUUGAGUGCGUUUGGCCGGUGACCAAACACACACAGCAUGAUCUCUUUUUGUUUUUGGAUUUCGUUACUAUUUCAUGGGAGACAUUUGUGAUCAGCGGACGAUUUUGAAUAAUGCCAAACAAUCGUUUCUCUCUUAAACAUGAGCUAAUGCCGAUGACUAAAUGCCCUCCCAAUGGCAAAGAAGCAGAAAAAUAAAA